AUGGAAAUACCCCUAGGGAAAGAAAUUACACAGAGUCGACUCAGCCGAAGCCUGGGAUUGGAACCCGCUGAAAUCAAUGCGAGAUCUGAACACGAAUCAAUCCAAAACUGCACAAAACCCAGCAGACAUGGAUUCUGUAAAGGGAAAAUGAGGAUUAAGGAAGAGGAAGGGGACAGAGUCCGGAGAGGAAACCGUACUAUGAGGCAACUCGUCCGAGUUGACUCGGAGUGCUUUGUAUCUCUCGCUCAUGCUCCAAGCGUUCUUCUUGCUUUAACCCGAUGCGGGGAUGCCGGCAUAGGUAAGACAGCUGACUGGUUUAGGACAGUAUUGUUAGUUAAGCCUGUCAAUGGGAACUUGCGAUUAAGUGGAUCCUCUGCAUGUGGACAAAAUGGAGGUGUGCAGCUUCCUCAUGAAUAUGUUGAAGAGACCGAGAGCUCCACCUUUCUUUGCUUCGACGACAACACAUAA